AUGCCUCGAUAUCCACCAGACAGAUGGACCGAUUAUUGCCCCUUCGGUGUGCCUCUUAAGGGCACUCGGUUAUUACCAGUAAAGUUGCCCAUCUCCACGGUACAGUUUUGCUACCAUUUCCAUCAGCGCAUCAGCUGUGUAAUUGACCUUACUUACGCGGCAUAUUAUGAUCCGAAAUUAGGUGUGCGGUACCAUAAAAUUUAUGUCGAGGGUCAUCAGGUUCCACACAUUAACCACGUCAAAGAGUUCUCGCGUGUCAUCGACGAAGAACGUUCGAAAUCCCCGGACUCCGGGCGCGCAAACAACGGAUGCUGCGAGAGUCGGCGUUUCCCGGUGUUCAUCUCUGUGUUCACUGGUAUUCGAGGCAUGGCUUCACUGCCCGUGGAAAGCAUGAGAACUGGUGGCCUUUAUUGGUUCACGGAUCUCACUAUCCCCGAUCCUUAUUACCUUUUACCGCUUAUCAGCAUGACCACUACUCUCAUUGUCCUCGAGACUGGGGCAGAAAUGUCUACUCAACAUGUGUCUCCCCUCCUGAAGCUGUUUCUACGACUAUCUCCGUGUAUUGGCUUCCUCUUUGUGAUGAACAUGCCUUCGGGCAUGCUAUGGUAUUGGACCAUUAGCAAUCUGAUUUCUCUCAUUCAGUCGUUCGUGUUACGAGUUCCAGUUGUUCGGAAUUGGUUGCAGCUCCCUGCCCCCAAAAAACCACUGAAGACGAUUAAAAGCUCUCGGGGGUUCUUCGAAGGUGUCAAAGAGAGUUUAACUAACGUUCGUCUGUUAUCCGAGCUAGAAACUCGCGAGAGACUGGAUGCGAAGAAAUGGCAGCAAGCUGGUCGAUUGGCAGCCCCUCGAACGUUCGCCCACGAUCCACGGAUCACCUCUGCUCCUCGCGUUACUGGCACUUUGACUAAUUCGUGCUCCGAACAUCCGACUAAUCAACGUGCACAGGGCUCUGGGUGAUCCGCUUGACCCAGUCUUGACAUUUGUACAUACCGUGUCGCAUGUGACUUUGAAGUUACCCUAAAGCCAGAACGGGCAAGGCAAACUGGUUUUAUCUACUAAUAUAACAUUCUCAUAGG